CAAAACAAUUGAAUUCGUAUUUGAAGAUGGCGGCGUGCUAACAUUUAGUGUGAAUGAAGUUCAGCAAUAUUUUUUAUGUUAGUAUUUUCUCCUCUUCAGCUACGGAACUGAUUCGUAGGGGAAAAAUACGAACAGAGUAUUUAAAAUUAUAUAAUCUUUAGGUUUGUUGCUUAUUCAUCUGCCAAGUUGGAUAUAUUCAGGAUGUCGCAGUUUGCAGCAACGAAAAAUCCUCCUUGGGUUAGAGCAGGAGCUACCAACUUAGUUCAACCACCACCUCCAGGUUCAUCAUUAUUAACAGCUCAGCAGGUAUCUCAUGCUUCUGCUGCAGGUGCAGGGAUUGCUGCUGCUGGUCCAAAUCCUUUAGCUACAGCUGCAGCAGUUGUUGCAGCAGCCCAAAAUCAGCAGGCACAGCAAGCUCCAGCAGUUAGUGCUUCUUACAGUACUGGUCUUGCAGCAAUAACCUUGACGCAGAGUGCUUUGCAACAAGGUGCUAUGUUGCAGCAGCAAGGUAUAGCUAUUCCUGCAUCAUUAGCUGCCACAACACAAGUUGCAAAUGUAAAUAGUGGUAUGGUAGUUGAGAUCGCUCGCUUACCUCAGCCUGGUGUAGCUCUCCCAACUUCUCUUGCUACGACUCAAGUUGCAACUGUUAGCUAUCCUGCUCCUCGACUCUUAGCACAGACUACGCAGUACCAAGCUCCUCAACCUCAUCCGCACCAAUCUGCUGUUGUACAACAGGCUGCUGCAGCUGCAGCAGCAGCGGCUGUGGCACAGCAACAUUCAGCACAGCAGCAGCACCAAGCAUCACAGCAACAACAGUACAAACAUAGAGUAUUUACUGGGACAGUGACAAAGUUGCAUGAGAAUUUUGGUUUUGUGGAUGAAGAUGUUUUCUUUCAGAUCAGUGCUGUAAAAGGCAAUGUACCAAAAGCUGGGGAAAGAGUCCUUGUUGAAGCUACAUACAAUCCUAACAUGCCUUUCAAAUGGAAUGCUACUAGAAUCCAAGUUCUUCCUAAUCAAGUAGUGCAGUUAAAUAUGCAACAAGCUAACAAUGGCCAUCCUACUUUACAGCAAGCACCAAUAGCUGCUGUUGUUGCUUCACCUGUAUCUGUAGGAAUAAAUGUAUCUCAAGGUGUAAAUAUGAAUGCAGCCAUUGCGAAUAUGGCAAAUAAUCAGAAUGCUUUUUCAAAUAUUGCUCAAGCUGGACGGUGGCAAGUACAACAGGAAAUGGCAGUUAUGGAAACAUUAGGGCAGCAAAGAAUUAAUAUGCAGCAUAACAAUCAGCAUCCUUGGAUUCAGGAAAUAGAAUACGGGGAAAUAAUUGACAAAGGUCAAAGGAUGUCAAACAUGACACGCCGACAUAAUUCACCACCUCUUACUAGGCGUGAAAGAGAACGUGAAAGGGAAGCAAGAAGAGAUGAAAGACGAGAAAGAUAUAGGGAGCGAGAGCGGUAUUCUCCUCCUACUAGGAAACGUUCUCGUUCUCCACGGAGGGCUAGUCGAAGUCCCCCUAGAAGACGAACUCGUGUAGUUCCUAGAUACACUGUACAAAUACCAAAAAUUUCAUUAGACCUCAAAAUGGGCAAUGUUAUGGAACUGCGCAAGCGAUAUUCUAACCUCUAUAUUCCAUCAGACUUUUGUGCUGCCAAUUUUCUGUGGCAAGAAGCAUUUCCACCUCAUAGACCAUUUACUUUGGACCAUCAGUGUACUUUUCACAUUCUUGGGAAAGAUGUAGAGCCAUUAGUUGAAAAUGAUGCAGUUCUUGAGCCUUCUGAUGCAGAUUACUCAUACAGUGCUAAAGUGAUGCUUAUGUCUUCUCCAUCUUUAAAUGAAAUUUUUCAUAAAUCUUGUGCCCUUGCUCAUGAUACUGAUGAUGUCAAAGAAACUUUUGUUCAUCCUACUCGCUUAAUAAGUUUUCUUGUGGGGCUGAAAGGUAAAAAUGAAACUGUUGCUAUAGGAGGACCGUGGUCACCGUCUUUGGAUGGCCAAAAUCCGGAUAAAGAUCCUGGAGUUCUUGUGAAGACAGCCAUUCGUACUUGUAAAGCAUUGACUGGAAUUGAUUUGAGUAGAUGUAGUCAGUGGUAUCGUUUUGCUGAGAUCUACUACCGGCGGGGAGAAUCAUCGAGCCACAAAGGCCGUGGCACGCGCGUCGAAACUGUGGUUCUUUUCGUGCCAGAUGUUUGGAGCUGCCUCCCCACCCGUGUAGAGUGGGAUGGCAUGAUUGCCACUGGAUGUUGCAAAAAACCGCUUCUUCAGCGGAAGCUCCCCGAAGAGACGUCGGACCCUGAAGCCCAGGCACUGAUACAUUAUAUGGAUGAAGAAGAUAGUGAAGCUGUUACUGAAAAGAAAGAGCCUACUCAUUAUUCUGAAUUGGACCCUAAAACUAUCAAAGUAUAUGACCUGAAACGGGAAUUAGAAGCCAGGAAUUUGAGUGUGAAAGGACUAAAAUCUCAGCUAAUUUCUAGGCUGGCUAGAGCAUUGAAAAGUGAAUCAGAAAAGGAAUCUGGGGAGAAAGCUUCAGAACAAGAAGCUGAGAGUACUAGUGAAAUGGAAACAGCUGAUGAUUUAGGUGAAGAGGAUGCUAAAAAAGAGAAGGAAGACGAUAAGAAGCAAAAGGAAGAAAAGGAAAAGAGUUCUGCUGAUAUAAAGAAUUUCCCUGAUUCUCCAGCUAUACUUGUUCAGCCAUCUCGUACUGCAAAAAGUGGAAAAUUUGACUGUGCUGUCAUGUCAUUAUCAUUACUCUUAGAUUACAGACAAGAAGACAAUAAAGAACAUUCUUUUGAAGUAUCUCUUUUUGCUGAAAUUUUUAAUGAAAUGAUGAUGAGAGACUUUGGAUUUUGUAUUUAUCGCUCACUAGUUGAAGCUCCGGAAAUUAAAGAUGAUGAUAAAGAUAAAAAGAAAUAUGACAAGAAAGAUGAUAAAAAGGAUAGAAAAGAUGAAAAGGAAGACUUUCGACGAAAAGAUGAAAUGAAUGAAAAUGAUUCUGACAAAGAUGAUGAUGAAUCUGAUGAUGAUGAUUACGAUGGUGAUGAUAAAAGAGAAAAAGAAAGAAAAAAGAAGAGAAAGAAAAGAACUCUGAUGUGCACACACGACCCAUAUUUAUUAUUGUCUUUUAUAUAUUUUGAUCAAAGUCAUUGUGGCUAUUUAUUGGAGAAAGAUAUUGAAGAAAUACUUUACACUCUUGGUUUGAUGCUAACGAGGGCUCAGGUUAGAAAACUUAUACAAAAAGUUUGUAAGCGGGAAAUAUUUCGAUAUCGCAAACUGACCGACAAGCCUAUUGAUGGUGAUAAAAGUUUGAAACCUGAUGGACCAAAAGUAAACAUUGAAGAACUAGCCAUUGGAAAUAAAAAAUGCAUUCCAUUAUUUAAAACUGGUGAAGUAGAAAGCAUAGAAGAAACUAAAGAGGAGAGUAACAAAUCGUCACUUGUUAAUUACCAAGGAGCACUGGUUGAUGUUGGCAAACUAAUGGAACAGUUAGAAAGAAGUGAAAAAGCUUGUUUGGAAGCAGAUGAAAAAUUAAAAGCCUUAGAAAUUGACCUUCAAAAUUUGAAUGAAGUGACAUCCACAAAAGAAAAAUUAUCUCUGAGAUUAACUCUUGACUUGGAAGAGCAGAAAGGGAAACUACGGUCAAUGGAAGAUGAUCUUAAAAAGACGCGACAGAUUUCGGAGAAAUAUCAGAAAGCAUUAUGUGCUGUUAGAGAGGGAUUACAGUCAUCAGUGAGUGUGAUUGAUUCUACUCUACCAAAAACCAAAUCAUCUAGAUCUAGAAAUAGUCCUGUUAAUCGAAAGGAAUCUGACUCUGAAAGUAGGGAUUCUUUAAGUAAUAAAAACAAACAAGACUCUAAAUCAAGUAAAGAUUGUACAAGAGAAUCUAAUGGAGUGACUGAUAGCAAUGGUGAACAUUUGUCUAUGGACCAAGAGAGUAUUCAUUCUAAAAGCAGUGAUAAAGACAUGAUGGAAGGCGAGUAAUUUUGUAUUCAUUUUGUAUAUAAUUAGUCUGUAUAUAAAGUAUUUAAAUUUUUUAUAUGCCAAACAAAAAUUUUAAAUAAUAUUUAUGCGUGAUUGAUACACUUAUGCAGACGUGCCCUAUUUAUUAUAAAUAUAUCGUUUUGACUGAGAUGCUUUCGAGACUAGCUGGGAUUAAGUUCCUAAUAAAACAUGUACUUACGAAAUUUGACUGUGCAUUAUGCAAAUUUUAAUUCCCCUUUCUUUAUCUAUAAUCUUCAUUUUGCAUUUAAUGAUGCUUCCUUAAAGUCCUGUCUUGUUAGUUUCCUAUUCAAAUAUAGUUUUUUAUCUAUGUUUCUUCUGUAAUUCUUUCUGUUCUUUCUUUCUAUAGAAAUGUUCUAAGACACCAAUUUUUGUUUUAUUCAAAUCUUAAUUUUGUGAUAAAAGUGAGUUCACUACACAUAUUUGUUUUGUUAUAAAUUUAUUGACUAAUGAAUCACACACUCUUUUCUGAGACUGAUGUUAAAAUUCAGAACUCACAAUAUGCAAGAAUGAUACAAGUAAUCUGAAAUUUUUAUGAAUGAAAUUAUUUUAUAAGCAGAUUGGAUGUAAAUCAUGGAACUUUUGUAUUUAUUUUGUAAUACAGCAUAUUAUCUCAGAUUUUUUAUCUAAUAAAUUGUUUUACUAAGUAUAUAAUUAUGUACACAAGCAGUGUGGAAAUUUUUUAAUGUAUAUUUUUUUUCUGUCUUCUAAGUUAUGUACUUUUCUUUCAUUUAUUUCUGUGAUGUAUCAUAAUCUUACAAGAAAGCCUCAAAACCAACAAUAAACUUGUAAGAAAAUAUAA